AGACAGGAAUUCCUUGUCCUGUGUGUAUUCUAUGCUACAACUUCGGAAGCAUGACAAGAUUGUUCAAGAAAAAGGUUUUAUAAGUUUAAGUGCUGCAUGUUUGAUGUUCACCUUGUUGUUUCCAUUUAAGAAUACUUUUGAAAAAAGUGUUUUAAUUUAUUGUAUGUUUGUGUCACAUUUGUGCACAUGCGCAUCACAGUGUGUUGUGUAUAGGUUAGAGGCAACUUUUUGCCUUUCUGUAGGUUCUAGGAAUCAAGCGCAGAUUGCCAGACAAACAACUUUACCCACUGAGCCAUCUCACUGAUCCGUAUAUAAUUCCUUCUCAUUAAAAGAGAACUGUUUCGAAACCAAGGCCUAAAGCUGGGAGAUUGAAAAAUGCAGAACAUCAAGGCACUGCGCAUUUCUCCAGUUCCAAUCCACUCCUGUACCAGGGGUCUAUUCAGACCUGUGUCUGCCUCCCUCCUGAGUAGACCAGAGGCCCCAUCUAAACGGCCUUCCUGCGGCAGCACCCUUCCCCAGGAGUUCCAGAGCAGUGUCAUUUCCCGGGACAUUGACAUUGCAGCCAAAUUUAUUGGUGCUGGGGCUGCCACAGUUGAUGUGGCUGGAUCAGGGGCUGGCAGCUUGAUUAUUGGCUAUGCCAGGAACCCGUUUCUCAAGCAGCAGUUCUUCUCCUAUGCCAUUUUGGGCUUUGCCCUGAGGCUGUGGGGUUCUGUUUGAUGGUUGCCUUCCUUAUCCUCUUCACCAUGUGAGGCUCCAUGGGGUCACCCAGCUGUCCCUGCUGCUUUGACUCCAUGCUAGUCCGGUGCUGGAGUCUUAAGCUUUAGUAUUAAACAGCAACAUUUCUCUAACGCCCCUCAAAAACAAACAGACAAACAAACAAACAAAAAAACCAAAAAAACCCAGUUGUUUCCUCUAACCAAAUUUUGAUUUGGGUUUGUUUGUUUGAGAUG